AUGUCAGUGGCGAUCAGUCCACNNNNUCAAAGGGUCACCGCUGACUUGUUGGUUUUGAUGGUAACGACAACAGGUGUCGUGGGGAAGGAUGUGGUCAUGGAUGACGCUGGUGUGGUAUCGACUGAGAAGCUGGCUGAGGAAACGGUAUUCCACGAGGAGGAAGACUGUGAGGAAGACAACCGAGCUAGAGUGGACGUCGACUGCAAGUUUGGCACUUUCGACUCGACGUUGGAUACUUACUUUGAUGAUGCUAAUGGGUGGGGUGAGGGCCAAUGUUGGUGCCAAGGCGGGGAGCACCUCCUUCGUGUGGGGUUCACAACUCUUGAUGGUGACUUGUUGCUUGGUUCCUCGGACCUCGGCGUGGGAUUCGAUUCUGGUCUUGACCAUAGAAUGUACGCACCAGGAACGUCAGCUGCCCCUACCAUUAUUAAAGGAACCCAUAUAGCACCGAAUGUGCCUGCUGCUGCGUUUGGUCUCAAUGACGUAGUGGCUGUGGUACUGAAUGUUGAUGGAUCGAAGGAGCACGGCAAUACGGUAUCACUAUUCAAGAAUGGUGUUCGAGCUGGUCCUCCGGUAGAGUUGCCAGAGAGGUUAAUCGGCCAGGAUUUGUAUCCGACAAUAACCUUCAAGAACGUCAGAGUUGAGGCCAAUCUCGGGUAUAAGGCGGAUGACCCGAGGGUGGUUAACAACAACAGCAGCAGCGCCUUUGGUGGUGUGUCGGUCCCUCUACCAUUCAAGAUUCGAUCCUUCCAACAGAGUAGUGAGAAUGAUGUAUCUUUAAACCCGUGGUAUAAUAAUGAUAAUGGUCGUCAAGCCGAAGCUGUUAUGGUCAUUGGAUUACCUGAUGAAGGUGUAUUCGAUUAUGUUGAUUAUUUCCUUAAACAAAACCCCUAUAAAUACAUCGAACUCUCUGAGAGGACCAUGUUCGAUUGGUUCAAGGCGUCGACCCUCCGCCCGAUCCGUCGGGGCCCUGUCGCUUCGAACGACCGUCCGGACUUCCUCUUUGGUGUGCAGCCGCUUGAUGAAGGUUUUGUUCGUAAACAGCUCAGGGAAUUCACCAGGAUGCCUCAUGGACGCAAAAAUCUGGUGCUCGUGGAGAUAAGAGGUGGGUUGUUGGAAGAGGAAAGGGAUAAGAUAAUGGAGGAAUUCCCAGGAAGAGAACGUACUGCUGUUGUAUGUGUUGGUAAACCAACCCCGGAUUACUCGGCGUAUGUGAAGGAGUUAGUGAGGGAGGAGAUUUUGGCGGAGAAGGAGUUGGAGAGGGAGAGGAAGCUUAAUGUGAUGAAGCAUGAGUAUAAGGUUAGACAGAUGGAAAAAGAGAGAAUGAAAAAAGUACGUGAGGCUGCCCGAGCUGCUGAGAAGGCUCGUAUAGAGGCGGCGGAGGAGGCUAGGAAGAAGAGGGAGGAGGCUGCUGCUAAGGAGGCUGGUGAUAAGGAGGAGAAACCUGAGGGGAAAGAAGAGGGAGAGGGCGAUCAGACGAUGGAGGAAGCUCCUGUGGAGCAUAAGAAGGAGGAGGAGGAGCCUGCGAAGCAAGAGCAGCCGGAAGAGGAGGAAGAUGAGGAGGAGGAGCCGGAGCCGACACUGCCUCCAUCAGAGGUUAGUGAGGAGGAGAUAAAACAACGACUGUCAGAAGGUUGCUAUAGGAAGAUGCUCUUCAGCGACAUUAGCCACAAGGCUCUGUCGGAGUGUUAUCUUUCCUUUACGUUGCCGCAAGGGAGUGAGAAGACUCCUCGAGGACUGCUGGCAUUCGACAGUAUCAAGUUUGUGUGGGACGACAGGGCGGUAGCGACACAGAGGCUACAGUCGUGGAUAAAGUCCCAUAAGAUUGUGGAGAAGGUGCCGAGUAUUACUGGACCGACGGACUGGUUUAAGCAGCAAAUGGAGGCGUGGAUGAAUACCAAGCUGGAAUGGAGGAAGGCUCAGAGGCUGUAUAAGGAGGAGCAAGCGAAGGCACAGACAGAGGAGAAGGCUAAACAACAGGAGGAGGACGAAGGGGAGAAGGAGGAGGCCACGGAGGAUGCUAAAAUGGUAGAGGCUGCACCUGCCGAGGUGGAUGUGUGGGUACCGGAGGAUGUGUGCGACGUUGAUGCUAAGAAGACACCUUUGUUCGGCAAGUUUGAGCUGGUGGAUUGGCAAUUGAUGAAUUUACGGUAUGAGCUUCACCUUAUAUGUCACGCCUUUGAGCGUGAUGCGACUUCGAAGGAUGCCGAUAUGAAGGGUAUUCACAAAUCGUUACUGCAGCACUACUACCAGACUUACGUUAUGCGGGGGGUGUUGGUGCCCUCCCUUUAUGGUGCUCAUAGUCUGGAGCAAAUACUCGACACUUUGCUGGUGGAUACUAUUAUGAUCGAUAAGGAUGGAGUACUGAAAGCUGUGCAUGACAUCGAUGCACCGCUGUCGACGUUUAUACGCUUGACGGAGGCGGCGAGGAGGGAAAGGGAGGCUAAGAUAAGCGCUGGGGAUGAGAGCGCCAAGUUGAGGGUAAUCCAGCCGGUUGUGUCGCAUUAUGGGAAGGGGGGAGGAAGCAGACGGCCGAUGGACUACUCUCGCAGUGGCAAGGGUUAUCAGCCUUAUCAACCACACAGUGGACCGUAUCAUGCACGAUAUAAUCCAGCUGUGGAUGGUCGAGGGUCCGGAGGUGGUCAGCAGUUCCAAAGAGGAUAUCAAUCUGGGGGGAAAGGAUACGCCAAUGGAGGUCCUCAAUCCCAGCAGUACUACGCGUACAAGCGACCGUAUGAUAGCGGAGCUUAUGACGCUUCAAAGAGGCAGAAGGGAGGUCCGCCGACUCAGUACUAUCAGGGUGGCAAGGGGUACAGUAGACCGAGCCUGUGAGGCUCCUGAUGGCGAUGUGAAGGGCGGGAGCUUCUGAGUAGUAGUUACUCGAUACGAG